AUGGUGAACAAUAAAUCAUUAAUAUCUGUUCAAAUCAAUACACAAGUUGAUGCUAAACACGUAUCAACUUUUUCCAAGGAUGCAAUUGCAAAUCGACGUAUUAACAUGCAAAGAAUGCAAAAUGUUCUUUUAAUUUGGUUGGACAGUAAUAUUAAUGAUAAUGAUGCUGACUGUGAUAAUACAAUCCAGCAAUUGACACGUAUUGUUAACAACAUCAACACGUUUACAGAUCCUGAAGAAUGUUUUGAAUUUAUUCAAACAAUUACCAAUAACAAAAUAUGUAUGAUUGUUUCUGGUUCACUUGGACAACAUAUUGUAUCUCGUGUACAUGAUAUGUCUCAAGUAGACAGCAUUUUUAUUUUUUGUGACAAUCAAGAAUGGCAUAAACAAUGGGCGAAAGAAUGGUCUAAAAUAAAAGGAGUCUACACAGAUAUAACAUCAAUCUGUGAAGGUCUUAAACAAGCUGCUCACCAAUACCUAUUUGGUGGUAUACUUCUGAAUGUUUUUUUAUAUUCGAUGCUCAAUCAAGCAUUAAGAUUAAUGGAUGUUGAUAUUAUUCUUCGAAUGGGUUUCUUUAUUAAUGAUCUACAUCGUGAUAUUCAACGACUUCAUUCAGAACAAUUUGAUGGCGAGCAAUCUGGUGAAACAUUUACAGUUUAUCGUGGACAAUUUCUUUCAAAAGAAGAUUUUACCGAAAUGAAUAAAACCAAAGGUGGACUUCUUUCAUUUAAUAACUUUCUAUCAACAAGUAAAGAUCGUGAUGUUUCUCUCUUCUUUACACCACAAGAUGCUACAGAUCCUGCUUUUGUUAUAAUUCUAUUUGUUAUAUCAAUUAAUCUUACGGAUUCAACAACUCCAUUUGCUUCUAUUGCAGAUGUUAGUCGUCAUAAUGAUGAAGAUGAAGUUCUCUUCUCUAUGCAUACCGUUUUUCGCAUUAAAGAUAUUCAACCAAUAGAUGGAUAUAAUCAUGUUUACGAAGCUCAAGAAGUUUAUGAAGAUUUACUUGAUCAAACAACGGAUGAAAAUGACAAGGUACCUAUUUAUCACCAACUAGGUAUUAUCAAAGAUCGUCAAGGAGAACAUCAAGAAGCACUUACAUACUUAGAAAAAUCACUUGCUAUUAAACAAAAAACACUUUCUUCCAAUCAUCCUGAUUUGGCUAAUUCUUAUAACAGCAUCGGUUUGGUGUAUGACAGCAUGGGUGAUUAUCCAAAAGCACUUUCUUAUCAUAAGAAAAAUCUGGAAAUUCUGCAACGAUCACUUUCUUCCAAUCAUCCUGAUUUAGGUACUUCCUAUAACAACAUCGGUAAUAUGUACUACAACAUGGGUGAUUAUGAAAAAGCACUUUCUUAUUAUGAGGAAGAUUGUGCAAUUCUACAACAAUCACUUCCAUCUAAUCAUCCUAGUUUCAGUGAUUCCUAUUUAAACAUUGGUAUGGUGCAUGAGAAUAUGGGCAACUAUUCAAAAGCUCAUUCAUUUUAUGAACGUUCUGUACAAAUUGGGCAACAAUCAUUACCAUCAAAGCAUCCAACUCUUGAAGAACGUAGGAAAAAUCUCGAACGCAUGAAAAAGAAAUUACAAAUUCUUUCUGUAAUUUUUUUUUGGAAAACAAUAUAA